AUGAGCUACGGCAAGCAGAAGCUGAUCUGGCCGCUCGCAGCGCAGAGGUGGCCGCAGCUGAAGACGAAGUCAAAGCGGAACUUCAGCGACAUCCCCUCGGCGGUGUUGCAGCCGCCGGCGCAGGAGGUCCAGGUGGACAUGGGCAACCUCUUCGAUUGCAGCGGCGACAUCAGCGAGUCCGACAAGAGGGAGAUCGAGCAGCGCAAGCUCGCCUUCGCCAGCGCGGCGAAGGACGCGGCCCGCGCUGCCUUCGCAGCGGCGGCCGAGAAGCUCAGGCAGCAGCAGAAGGACCAGCAGGGGUUCACGGCGCGCCUCCAGAAGAAGAGGAAAGGGCCUCGGCUGAAGCAGCGGCUGCUGCUCGCGAGCGCUCCAAGGUUGGCGGCGCCAAGCAAGGGCUUUAGCCACUGCGUCUACAUGCACAAUCUCUCGACCUGGGGGCCGAGGCUGAGGAAACGCAUCAGCAACGGCACGGACGACAUCUUCAUCUUCUCUGAGACGCACGUCGGGGCGGACGGGAUUAACGAGAUCCUGGGCCACCUGAACGGCAAGGGCUGGACGGCGAUAGUGACGCCUUCUCGACGGAGCUACCGAGCGGGCCAGGCAGGCGGCGUCGGCAUGGCGGCGAAGGCGCACCUUUCUGUGCAGUCGCUGCGGCAUCCCGCGGCGAAGAAGGAGCAGGCGGUCGGGCUCCGUCUACUCGAUGCCGAUUGGUCUCCAGGGCCGAUCGGUUUCCAGAACCAGAUGAAGAUGGCGAGGCUAGCAGCGCUGGUUCGUCGCCACGACGGGCCGUGGGUGGCGGUUGGCGACUGGAACGCGGAGCCGAGCGAGAUCAAGCAGGCGGGCUGGCUCAAGGUGCUCGGCGGAGUGGUGCGCACGCCAGAGGACGUGCAGUACACGUGCACACGGAGUACAGCGAGGAUGCUCGACUACGCGAUCUGCUCGGAGUCGUUCCAGCGCAUGAUCGCGAGAGUGGUCAGUGACCAGAUGGACCCAGGCGAUCACUACGGGGUCAGGAUCCACAUUCGGGGGGAGACCGGGUCGGCGCUCCAGAGGAUGUUCGUCCUCCCCAAGCCUCUACCCUUACCUGGCGCGCCGAAGAGGCGGGCCGAUCCGAAUAGCAAGGGGGGCAUGCAGAAGGAGAAGGACCGCCAGCUGAGGGGCGUCAACGAGGGGAUUGCGUGCGCGGAGGAGAACGCAGUGGGGGUCGAGAACUUCGCGGCCGUCCGCUGCUCGGACGCCCCUGUCGAGUGCAGGAGGGUCGGCCAGGAGAUGGGGGAUCUCUUCGGCGGCUACGAGUCCAGCGUGGAGGACGACGAGGUCAGCGACUACGGCGAGAAGAAGGUCGGGAAGGAGACCAAGCAGAGCGCAGACGAGGUGUUCGACAUUCCUGAGGCCCAGAGGGGCGAGAUCUGGCAGCUCAAGAUCGGUCAGGCUUACGGGGGGGACCGUCGUGCCUGGCGUACGCCACCCAGCUACAUCGCGGACUCGGCGGCGGACCAGUUCGAUCCUUUCGGUGCCAAGGGACUGGGCGCGCAGUGCACGCGGCGGGCCAGCGUGGUCAACACCUGCGGAAGCGCAUCCGAGAGAUGGUCAGCUCCAUACCGAGCGGGGGGUGUCAAGAUGACGAGCAAGCAGAAGAGGAAGUGGCGCACCAUUCUGGCCGAGGUGCACAGCUUGAACACCGACCAGCUCCAGGCCCUCGGCGCGGCAGCUCUCGCCACAGCCAGGAAGGGCAAGCGCGCGGAGGUGAACGAGGCGCUCAUCGCGCACACCAACUGGGCGCAGGAGCGGGGGGCGGUGGGCAGUGGCAAGCUUCACCGACGCACGCGGGACAAGCCCAGGUGCGACAACGAGGUCAGGACCAGCGACUGGACGGCCACCAACAUGGUCGAGUACAUGGACGCCAAGGGCGCGCAGUGGAGGAAGAAGUGGACCAGCAGCUACGCUCGCGCCGUCGUGCUGGACAAGCUGGGGGGCGCGGGGGGCGACCGUGCCAUCGGGCUGCUGUCGGAGGUGAUGAAGAUCUGGUCCAAGAUCAGGAGCCAGUACACGAACGAGUGGGCGUCGCACAUGGCAGGGAAGUGGGACGCCGCGAUCGCGGGCAACAGCGCCCUGAAGGAGGCCUCCGAUCGCUCCUUCGCCGACGAGGUGCUGGAGUGGGCACCCAUGAAGGUUUUCACGGUGACUGCGUUGUGGGACUUAGCGGAGUUCUGCGACAUGUUGGAGCCCCUCCUCAUCUUGGAGGAGGGGCUCCGCCUCGGCCUCCCAGCGCGCACUUUGCACCUGGAGAUGCUGAACCAUCUGAGCACGAGGCUAGUACGAGAGCGGACGGCCUACGCAGAGCCGAUCUCGCCCGACAGGUCGAUCUGCGCGGGCGCCAGGCGUGACAUCGACUUCGGCAGGGUGGCGCUCUACGCCACGCUGGAGCAGGCCUGCGCGAAGUACCAGCAGGUGUACGUCCGCUCGUGGGUGGACGACGUCACCACCAGGAUGGAGGGGUCCAGGCGCGAGGUGAUCAAGCAGCUCACGGGCGCUGGAGUGGGCUUCGCCGCAGGGCCCAGGAAGGCCAGGCUCACCCUUUCGAGCAAGCCCACCCUGAUCGGCAACGACAUGGACGUGGUCAAGGAGGUCGCGCCCAGGCUGAGGAGCCGCAACAUCGCGGUCAAGGUGAAGGGCCAGGCGCCAGACUUGGGCAUCGACAGGGGCCACAGCAUCGGAGGAGGCAAGGGCAAACACACGAAGCGAGCCGCCCAUGCCAACCGCCAGGUGGCCAAGCCUCUGAAUAUGGCGAGAAGUGGAGGAAGGGCCAGAGGCGGCGCGAGACAGGUCGUCCAGCGGGGAGCGCUGCCCCGAGCAGCCUACGCAUGCAAGGUUUUCGGCAUGGCUCCCAGCACGGUUACCAAGCGGAGGAGGAGGGUGGCCUCGGUGGUAGCCCCGCGCCUUCGGGGCCGCUGCCUCACGACGCUGCUGCAGCUGGAGAUCGGCGUGGACGAUCCUGCGUUCGGCACGGUUUUCGCGCUGCUCGGCUCGUGGAUGCACAUCGUCAGCGACCCGCAGAGGAGGAAGAAAGUGCGCAUCGUAUGGCCUCGCAUCGUCUCGGCCAUGCUGAAGAAGAAGCCGCAGCACAGGUGGCGAGGAGUUACGGGCAUCACGCGCGCCAUGGUGGUCACGCUGCUGGACCUGGAGUGGCAGCCCCUGGGGCCAUGGCACUGGGUCUCGAAGGAGGGCGAGGUUUUCGGCGGCGACGACGAGCACGCGCUGGACGACGACGUGGACCUCAGCGACCUGAAGGCGGCGAUCAAGAGCACGAUAGAGGUGAAGCAGUGGGCGCUGGCCGCGCAGCAUUUUGCAGGCGGCGGGCAAGAGGGAGGAGCUGACCUCCGCUCUGCGAAGAUGAAGACCGGCAAGUUUCGCAGGAAGGGCCAGCACGACAAAGAGAGCGCGUUCCUCGCGAUCAUGACUGGAGGAGCGUGGCCGAGGCAGCGCGUGGCGGACCUCGGCAUCGAGAUCGAGGACGUCAUGUGCCCCAGGUGCGGCGAGGAGCCAGAGACGUGGAAGCACCGCGUGUGGGAGUGCAGGUGCAACGAGACCAUCGAGGGCAUCGAGAAGUCGCAGCACAUCGUGGCGAGAGCUUCCACGGAGGUAGAGAACCAGCCGUGCCUGUGGCUGCGAGGCCUACUACCAGCAAGCUGGACGUCGGUCAACGGCCCGCCCGAGCCUGGGGCGGAGCUGAUCGAGAACUUCGGUGACUUGCAGGUCCUCUCCAGCAGCGCGGAGAGCAUGGCGGACGGAUGGCUCGUCGCGGCUGGCGAUGCGUCAGGCGGCGAGUACUCGAAGGACCCAAGGCUGAGGAGGGUGUCUUCGGGCUGGGUGGUCUUCAACAGCGUGGACCCAACCGAGGCGAAGGUGGUCGCGGGCAGCCGUGGCGCUCUCGCGGGCAAGAGGCAUAGCGUCAACCGCGGGGAGCUUAUGGCGCUGAAGGACGUGAUCAUCGCAGCUGGCGGGAGCUACGACAAGACCAGGUACACCGCCGACUCGUCGUACGUGGUCAGGGGCAUGGACAAGCUUCGAGGUGGGAGGAUGCCCAGGACCCACGUCGACUUGUGGAAGGAGGUCAAGCAGGGCAUCAUCGGCAAGCAGGUCGAGAUCACCAAGGUGGAGAGCCACAUGUCGGCCCAGGAGGCGCUGGACGCAGAGGUCAACCCGAUCGACUGGCUCGGGAACGCCCUGGCGGGCGAUUUCGUGGACGGCAUCGCGGAGUCGGUGCAGGUACCGCGCGCGCAGGCACGGUCUGCGGGCUUCGCGGAGGGCGUCGCAGGGCUCGUCAGGGACCGUGCAUACCUGACGCUCAUGGCUUCCAUGGGGGCGGAGCCGUCGCAGGUCCCGAGCUUGAAGAUCAGGCAGGAGGCCCACGUCAAGGCGCGCUGGCGAGCCGCGCUGCUGGAGGGCACUAAGCACAACGUCACUGACGACGUGAGUGGCAAGCACUGCAGGUGCCUGAGGUGCGGGCCCCGCGCGCUGAUGCCCUCAGCGGACGCAUGGCUAGCAGGCGAGUGCAUCGCCGUGCAGAAGGCGGACGCGGUCCACGACUCGCUGAGGAGCAGGCCGAGGAUCGCGAACCAGGAGGCUCACGAAAGCCACGUCGUGCUGUACGUGGAGGAGCUCGGCCUGCACUACUGCAAGAAGUGCGGCUGCAUCGCGAGGGAGAGCAUGAGGAAACUCGCGCAGGUCUGCGAGGAGACCCCUAGCCAGAUGGGGAAGCAGAGCCUCUCGGGGAUCGCGAAGGGCCUGCAGCCAGGCACCAGCGCGAUGGCGCUGGCGUUCAACAAGAG